AUGGACCAUCAACCCAUUGCAAUAUGGUGGUACUUUAUAUAUUACACAUGCUCUCUUCACCACUUUGUAUGCCAACAGCUCCAAAACACUGAAGAGCAGUGCCAAUGUGAGGCAGUGAAGCAGGUGUUCCGAGAAGCCCAACAGCAAAUACAAAAACAGGGACCGCAGUCCAUACCCUUCCUCCAUUCGCAGCAGGCCCAACGGUUGAAGCAGAAGGCUCAGAUCCUCCCUAACGUAUGCAACCUUCAAUCAAGACGAUGUGAAAUCGGAACCAUCAUCACCACCGUUACGGAGAGCAAUAUCGAUAUCUCAUUCCGUGACAGGCCCUUUGGCACUGGAUCACAACAAUGCAGAGAAACUGAAAUCCAACGACCCGUUGGUGAAUGCCAAAUGUUCGUGGAGCAGCAAAUGCAGCAGUCUCCGAGGUCCACUAGACCAUACCAACAACGGCCAUGUAAGAAUAGAUUGUUAUCAAGGUUGCCUUCUCCAUUCACAAUAACCGGUAUAAGUAAUACAAGUGAGAUCAAUCAGGAUCUCGUAUAUGUGGAAACGUAA